UCGGACUGGCGAUCACGGUGAUGGCGGUGAUAACGCAGUUCUUCACGACAGGCACAAUCACCAUGGCCAACCUGCAGAGUGUGGAGGUGCACCCCACGUGCCUGCGACAGAUCGCGGCCUGCGUCGAGUGGGCCGCAGCUGGCGUCGUCAUGUCUGCCGUGCCAUACGUGGCCCUCAUGAGUGAUAGACGGACGCCCUACGCCAUUCUCGCAGCUCUAAACUUGGGGACAGCGUUCGCAAUAUCGUUCCUUCCGGAAUCUGCUUUGCAGAGGCUACCGGAAUCAUUACAGGAUGCUGCCGUCUUCGGCAGAGACCAGAAGUAUUGGAGCUGGAAGCCAAAACCACCUCCAGAGUAUCCAAUGAAGUGAAAGCAUUUAGGGAGUUCGUUUAACGAUCCAGUCGUUUAUAUACAUCUUCUGAAAGAAAGGUGGAAAUUUGUACGCUGUUUGUUGGCAUAUCUAAAGACUACGCCAAUAUAGUAGGAGAAUGUGACUCUUCAUCGAUUGUUUUCGAAUAAAAGAGAUGACAGUUGACUCCAGGGCUAAAUGAUUCCUUAAAGGUGUCACGAAAUAUUUUUCAGACUGUACUGAUGCUAGAUAAUUUCACGUAAAAAAUAUUAUCGUAGGAAAAUAAUUAUCAGUUUUAGCACCUGUCUAGAACAGUUUUCUAGUUUUAGAGGAGAAUAUUACAAUAUUUGGCAAAAUUUAACACAGCUGAAAGGCUGGUUCCCUUAUAUUCUGAAUGUAGAACCACAAGUUGUCUUGGAAAGUUAAUUUUGUUUAUGCCUGGGAGA